GUGUUAAUUUGUCGCAUCAUUUCUUAAACACUGAUGGUGACAGGUGAUCAGUCUCGUUCUUUUUCUGACACGAGUUAUUUGCAAAAAUCAUGCACAAUUUCUACAGAUCCUGUCAUUUUUCUUUUCUUUUCCGCUUCUCUCCUUUUCAUUGUGAUUGCUUUCAUAUACGAUGGCCAUCGCCGAUGUAGGAAAUCGAAGAUACAACCGCUUUGAUCCGUCUGAAUAGAUAUAAAUGGCUGAUAAAGAUCAUGUUAUUGCGAGUGGUAAGAUGUUCUGCAUCAUCUGAAACUGUCUCAGCAAUCAGGAAUUUGUCAGAAUGAACGCUGUGCAGAAACAUGGGCUUGCUUCUGGAUUGGCGGGAGGAUAUUGCAACGGAAAAGCGAAAAAAAGAGUUUACAAUUGUUCCUCUCUACCCAGAUGUUCAGUUGGAAGCAACAGUUUUAACAUCUUGAACAAUUCUCAUCUGUCUCUGAAUCACGCAAAGUUGCCAUCUCUAACGACAUGUAGAAAACGCACCAUCUCUGUUGCCAACAGUCACUCGAUUUCAGAGUAUGGCGCGAGUCCAGAUAACGCCGACGAAAGGUUCGAUGGGAAAAAAGGGCAUUCUCUCGAUAGCGUUAAGGAGGCUAUUGUCAAGUUGGCAGUUGAUCUUGGUGGACUGCAUCCCGGAAGUGUUAGAAGUGAGCUUAUACUUCUUGCUUUACCGGCUGUUAUUGGGCAAGCUAUUGAUCCGUUGGGACAACUGAUGGAAACUGCAUACAUUGGUAGAUUAGGUCCUUUGGAAUUAGCUUCAGCUGGUGUUGCUGUCUCACUCUUCAACAUUAUAUCAAAGAUUUUUAACAUUCCUCUGUUGAGUAUCACAACUUCAUUCGUUGCAGAAGACAUUUCAAGAAAUGCAACUGGGCAAUCUAUCUCAGAUGAGAAUUUUCAGGAUGAGCUAAUUACUGGUGCAAUUGAAGAAAGGUUGAAACUACCAUCUGUUUCUUCUGCCUUACUCUUAGCUUUUGGCAUUGGCACAAUCGAAGCCUUGGCUAUGUUUUUUGGUUCAGGAUUGUUUCUCAAUAUGAUGGGUGUAUCGCCAGCAUCACCAAUGCGUAGGCCAUCCCAGCUGUUUUUGUCCUUAAGGGCCUUAGGUGCUCCUGCAGUUGUAGUUUCUUUGGCGGUUCAAGGUGUCUUCCGUGGUUUCAAGGAUACGAAGACUCCCCUACUCUAUAUAGGCUUGGGCAAUCUCUCAGCUAUAGUUCUACUUCCUCUCCUCGUAUAUUCUCUCCGUCUUGGCAUAACUGGAGCUGCUAUUGCUACUGUUGCAUCGCAGUAUAUAUGUACCUUCUUACUUAUUUGGUCACUUAGUAAAAGAGCAGUUAUUCUUCCUCCAAAGAUUGAAGAGUUGGAAUUUGGCGGAUAUAUAAAAUCUGGGGCCUUGCUGUUAGGGAGAACUCUUUCAAUACUAAUAACUCUGACACUCGGCACAUCAAUGGCUGCUCGACAAGGCCCACUGGCUAUGGCUGCUCACCAAAUUUGUAUGCAAGUGUGGUUGGCUGUAUCUUUACUUUCAGAUGCAUUGGCUGUUUCUGCUCAGGCAUUAAUCGCAAGCUCUUUUGCCAAAUUUGACUACAAAAGAGUGAAGGAGACUACGUACUUAGUCUUGCAGACAGGAUUGGUCAGCGGUAUAGUUUUAGCUGUUGGCAUGUGUGCAACUUUUGGCAGUCUCGCAAAAUUAUUCACUAAUGAUCCUGAAGUUUUACAGAUUGUUAACACCGGCGUGCUGUUUGUCUGUGCCAGUCAACCAAUUAAUACUCUUGCUUUUAUUGCCGAUGGUCUCCAUUAUGGUGUCUCAGAUUUCUCCUACGUAGGUUGGUCUACGAUGGUGGUUGGAGCAAUAUCUUCCCUAGUUUUGCUUGUUGCUCCAUCUAUAUUUGGCCUUGCGGGUGUUUGGGCGGGCUUGACUCUCCUCAUGGGCUUGCGCAUGGUUGCGGGAAUUUUGAGAUUGUGCUGGAAAUCAGGUCCGUGGUGGUUUCUGCACCAGGAAGUUCCGACAUACGAGCCCAUACCAACUUCAGAUUCCAUGUUGCAAAUAGAUGCCGAGUGGGAAUCCAAGGUUGAAUUGCAGCCUGAAAAGGUGGACUACACUUACGCAAUCACUACUGAAUGAAACCAAAUGCUACCUCAGGUGAAUUGAAACAGAGAGAUAGAGAGAUAGUAUUCUUUUGUCGAAGAGUUCGAUUACCCGAAGUAUAAUUCGGAAUACAUUUGAACUUGUAAUAACUGGUUUAGUUCGGGACCACGGUAUCACCUGUACAGGGAUAUUGUUUUGAUUUUUUAUUCUUUUUGCUUCUUUAUUGAAGUUCCAUUUUUCUUUUCUUUUUUUUGUUUCAGGAAGAUAAUUGUGUUGUUUCUUGAAUCAAAUGUUACUCUCAUGUGUUACAGUUGUAUGUUUUGUUGGAACAAGAAAAUAGAACAAAACUCUAUCGGUCUA